UCUCUCUCUCUCUCCCAUGGCAAGUCAACUGCUCUCCGCGGUCGGCAACCACAUCUCCCUCCCCGAGAGCUACGUCCGGCCAGAGUCACAAAGGCCUCGUCUCCACGACGUGAUCAACGACACCAACAUCCCCAUCAUCGAUCUCGGCUCACCCGAUAAGCAGCAGAUCGUCGCGCAAGUCGCCGACGCCUGCAGGUCUUUCGGCUUCUUCCAGGUAGUGAACCACGGAGUGACGGUGGAUUCGAUGCAGAAGAUGAUGGGAGUGGCUUCGGAAUUCUUUCACCUCCCACCGGAAGAGAAGGCGAAGUACUACUCCGACGACACCACGAAGAAGAUGAGGCUGUCGACGAGCUUCAACAUCAGGAAGGAGUCGGUCCGCAACUGGAGGGAUUAUCUCCGCCUCCACUGCUAUCCGCUUGAGGAGCUCGUGCCCGAUUGGCCUUCAAACCCCGCUUCGUUCAAGGAAGUGGUGAGCGCUUACUGCAGGGAAGUCCGUCGACUAGGGUUUCGGCUGCUGGGAGCAAUCUCUCUGAGCUUGGAACUGGAAGAGGACUACCUGGAAAAGAUGCUCCGCGAGCAGGAACAACAUAUGGCAGUGAACUACUACCCGAAGUGCCCCGAUCCCGAGCUCACGUAUGGCUUGCCGGCUCACACCGACCCCAACGUCCUAACCAUUCUUCUCCAGGAUCCAAAUGUGGCGGGGUUGCAGGUCCUCAAGGACGGCAGAUGGAUGGCCGUUCGUCCCCUACCCAACGCCUUGGUCGUCAACGUCGCUGACCAACUGCAGGCAUUGAGCAAUGGAAGGUAUAGGAGCGUGCGGCAUCGAGCGGUGGUCAACUCCGACAAGGAGAGGAUAUCGGUGGCGUCAUUCCUUUGCCCCGGCAACAGCGUGGUGAUCAGCCCCCCAGAGAAGCUCGUGGGCGGCGACGGGUGUCGGGCCAUGUACAGGAGCUACACUUACGAACAGUACUACGACAAGUUCUGGAGCAGAGCCCUGGACGAGCAUUGCUUGGACUUCUUCAAACGCUGAGGGGAAUCGAACAGGCAUCGAGGAGACCAAGUGAGAUUGCAUCAUCUACAAUAAGGAGCGUUACGACAUUCUCCAUCGUUGUAAUAAAAGAACAUUAUAUAUACGUGCUAAAAAGGGGCUCUCGAAACAUUUCU